AUGGUAAAAAAGAAGGGAACUAUUUGGAACCAUUGGACGAUUAUUACACAAAGUUCAAUAGAAAAUAAUGAGAUUAAACCAAGUUUACAUCCUUCUGUAAAAUGUAAUUAUUGUUCUAAAGUUUUCAAUAGAGCUGUUCCUUUAAGAAUGCAAGCUCAUCUUAAUGAGUGUUUAAAUGCACCAAGUAAUGCUAAAUUACAAAAAACCAUUCCAAUACAAAAUCCUAUACCCUCAAAUAUCACAGAACAUCCUUUAACUAAUACAAAUACACCUCUUAUUGAAAAAAAUAGAUCUAAAAAACAAAUCAAAUUAGAUAAUUUUGUUGAUAAUAUGAAGGAAGAAGAACAGGAAUCUCUUGAAUUUUUACUAGCUCAGGCAUUAUAUUCAGCUGGAGUACCAUUUACCUUUGUUGAUAAUCCCUUUGUUAUUCAAUUUUUUAAAUAUCUUCGACCAUCUUUUAAACUUCCAAAUAGAAAGAAGAUUGCUAAUGAAUUAUUGGAUGAGGUUUAUGAAGAUGUAAAGAUACAAGCAGAUGAACAAAUUUCAAAAGCAACAACUCUUUGUAUGGUUUCUGAUGGCUGGUCUAACAUUAACAGAGAUUCAGUACAUAAUUUUGUUAUUUGUACUCCAAAACCAUUUUUUUUUGAUGCAACUUUUUCAGGUGAAGAAUCUCAUACAGCAGAAUGGAUUGCAGAUCAAAUAAUUCAACAAAUGGAUAUUAUUGGUAUCCAAAAGUUUUCAGCAGUCAUUACAGAUACAACUAAUGUAAUGAAAGCAGCAUGGAGAAAUAUUGAAGAAAAAUAUCCUAAUAUUGUUUGUCUUGGGUGUAAUUCUCAUAUUAUUAAUCUUUUAAUUAAAGAUAUUUUAUGUUUUGAUGAAAUUAAAGCUAUAGUUAAUAAUGCAAAAUCAAUAGUAAUCUAUUUUAGAUCUCAUCUACAAGCAGCAGCAAAAUUAAAACGUAUUCAAUUAGAAAAUUAUAACAAGGAGAUUACAUUAGUUUUACCAGUACUUACACGAUGGGGUACACAUCUUAGCUGUUUUCAAUCACUUAAAAAAUCAAGAAUUGCUCUUGAACAAUCAUUGAUGGACCCUUUGAUUCGCCAAAAAAUGGAUCAAAUAAUGAGAAAUAAUAUAUUAUCAGAUGAAUUUUGGCAAAUGGUAGAUUUGAUAAUUAAUAUUUUAGAACCAAUAGUUGUAGCAUUAAAGUCUUUUGAAUCAGAUACAUCUAUUCUCUCAACAAUUUAUUCAUAUUAUAGCAAAUUAAUAGAACAAUUUG